AUGAUUCAGCUUUCAUUUUUAUAUACUGUAAAUUUAUUGAGUUUAACAAAGCCUGAAAUAUGUUAUGCAAGAUGUAUAGCUAAUUGUCGUGAUAAAAAUUCAAAUAAUGAAAUAAAUAUAUGUUCUGAUCUCUGUAAAAAAUAUUUAAAUGAAUCAUUAUGUAGUAAUGAAAAUUGUUGGAAUUCAUGCUUAAAUCUUGGUUUAGAAAGUGAUAAUAUAGGAAGUGAGAUAUCAAGCUUAAAAUUUACUAGAAAUGAAGAUUAUACAAUUAAUUUUACCAUUCAAUCAUCAAAUGGAUAUUCUGUUUUAUGUGCAAAAGUUGGUUCAACAGAUGAUACUGCCAAUUCAAAAUUAUAUUGUGAUACUGAAGAUGGAUUUAAAAAAUUUAAAAUUCCUUUAGAAUUAUUUUGUCAAAAUACAUUUGCAACAUUUUUUAUUCCAUCAAAUGAAAAUAUAUCACCACCUACUACAAUUGAAAUACCAAUACCAAUUCCAUCAAUAAAUGAUAUGUUAUUUACAAAUAAGUCAUUAAUAAUGAAUAAAAAAGAAUUUAUUAAUGAAGAUUAUAAAUCAAAUACAUCUGUUAUUAUAAAUGUUUCUUAUAAAAUAAGUACAAAUUGGCCACUUGGUGAUCAAGAUUUUACCUUUAAUACAGAUUUUCAUCAGUUAAAUUGUGCUGUACCAGAUUAUUCUUCUGCAAUACCACAAACUAAUUUUAUAAUAGAUUCAAAAAAUAAACUUUUAACUGCUCUUGUCGCUGGAGACUUAAUGUAUAGAGACUGUAACUAUAUUUUAUUUGUUGAUAGUAUAAAAUCGCAGCAAUGUAAAAGUUAUGUUCCAUCUAAAAAUGAUGAUCAAAGAUAUACUAGUAUUGAUAUAAAUUGUGAUACAGUGAGAAAUAAUGAUUGUGUAACGACAAAAAUUUCUCGGGGACCAAUAUGUGGACAAACAAAAAGUUUUAACUGGACUAUUAUUGAUAAAAAUUUUAAAAUUGAUCCUAAUUUUAAUGUUACAAUUAAUGCAACAUUUGAUUUAUGGCCUAUAGGUAAUUAUGAACCAAUUUAUUAUUAUUUAAUAUUUGGUAAUGCAACAAAUUAUCCAUCAAAAGAAUUAACUGCAAUAUCUGGUGUUAAUAUGACAUCCAUAAAUAAUAUAAUAAAUAAUUGUAAAAAUUUUGAUAAAAAAAUUCAAAAGUGUUUAGAUAAAAUUUCAAGUAAUUAUGCUAUUAUUGAUGGAUUAAAAUGGGACACAACAUAUGGUGUUGUUAUUUGUGCAGUUGUUGAUCAAGAUAAUAUAACAUUACCAAACAUACUUCAAUUACCUUUAGGUGAAAGACCAAAAGCUGAUGAAUUAAAACUUUCAUCUAAAAUAUAUAAAAAAAAUUAUACUAGUCUUAUUGUUGGACUAACAGUAGGUAUAUUUGGAUUACUUUUUCUUUGUCUGAUAACUAUUUUUGCAAAUAUUCAUCGUAAACAAAGAAAUAAAAUAAGAAUGAAUAAAUUAAAAAUGGAUAUGAUGAAAAAAGAAAGUGAGGUUAGAUAUAAAGAUUUCCCUAAAAAAUAUGAUGUUUGGGAACUUGAAAGAAGAAAUCUUAUAAUUUAUGACAAUAAAAAACUUGGAUCUGGAGCUUUUGGUGCAGUUUUCCUUGGUAAAUUGAUUGGUAAAGCAAAUGGCGUUAAAGAUGCACAUUCUGCACUUGCAUUAAAUAUUAUGCGCACAGAAAAUUGUGAUGUUGCUGUUAAAAUGUUACCAGAAUAUUCAGAUGAAUUGUGUAAAAGUGAAUUUUUAAGAGAAAUUAGUUUAAUGAAAACUUUAGGAUAUCAUGAAAGAUUAGUAAAUAUGUUAGCGUGUAUUACGGAGACUGAACCUUUUUGUCUUAUUGUUGAGUAUUGUUCUGAUGGUGAUUUACUUCAAUUUUUAAGAAAAAGAUGUAAAUACAUGUUAAAAUUAAGUAGUGAAGGUAUUGACUAUUCAAGUUCUGAAUUUGAAGGUAAAUUUAAUGUUGAUCUUAUUUGUACGAUGAAACAACUAUUAAUGUUUGCUGUUCAAAUAUCAUAUGGACUUGAAUAUUUGUCAACUAAAGGUUUUGUUCAUAGAGAUGUUGCAGCUAGAAAUGUUUUAGUUCAUGAAGGAAAAUAUGCUAAAAUUGGUGAUUUUGGUUUAUGUAGAUAUGUCUAUUCUAAUGAUGCUAAUUAUAAAAGUAGUGGAGGUAAACUUCCAAUAAAAUGGAUGGCAAUAGAAUCAAUUAAACAUUAUGAAUUUACGUCAAAAAGUGAUGUAUGGAGUUUUGGUAUUUUAUUAUUUGAAAUUAUUACAUUAGGAGGAAUACCAUAUCCUGGAAUUCUUCAUGAAAAUAUGUUGAAAUAUUUAGAAUCAGGUAGUAGAAUGGAAAAACCUGAUAAUUGUUCUGAUGACUUUUAUAAUGUUAUGUUAUCUUGUUGGUCACAAUCUCCACAAAAUCGUCCAUCUUUUUCAACUAUCAGACAAAAAUUAGCGUCACAGCUUGAGGAAAUGACAGAUGAAUAUUCAUACUUACAACUAAAUAGUAGUUGUGACUACUAUUGUUUUUCCUCAAAAGAUGAAUCUCAAGAAUCCCAAGAAAUAAAAAAAUAA